AUGGAUAAGGCCCUGGACAAUGACCCGGAGAAGUCCCAUGAGUUUCUUCGAGGUUCCGAACGACUUCUCAAGGCCAAACAGGCCAACCCGUCAUUGCGCUUGACGAAUACCUUCUUUCGGGAGACAAUUCUCAUGGCCGAGGAGGAGAAAUGCGGGCUUAAGGCCCCGAAGCGUGCCUUCCUGGAACUCGCCCAGUACGAAAAAAGGUUCGGGGAAGCACCGCCUGACAAGAUCAAGACCAUCACCUUUCGUGGCAAAAAAAUGCGUGGAGUUGAUGUCAUCGAGGAGGAGGAUGUAGGACGGUACGAGUAUAUUGACGAAACUGCGGCUAUGUUGAGCCGCAACACCGAAAUGAAUGAUGCUGACAUUGACAUUGGCCAAAAUGAUGCCAUUUUUUCCAAUCUACUUCGGCAGAUGACCGCGUCCAAUGGCACAACGGAAGCUCCUGAUCGGACGCCACAGGGCACACCACCCAAUCAUGCACCAGACGAAGCUGAGGAGGCAAGGCUUCAUGCCGACAGGAGAGAAAGCGAGGACGAAGAUGAUGUGCAGCCAUUUGCUGCCUUGUUCAAGAGGCUGAAUCCUGAAGGAAGUGGCAAUGACAACACAGGCGGUGGCCGUGGCCAAGGCGGGACUCCUAAACCAACUCCGGUACAGAAGCCAGCUCCGAAGCCGAAGCCCAAUGUGAAGCCACGUGCAGGUCGUGGGGGCAAGAGGGAGAAGACCAGGGAUCAGGAUCAGCAGGAUCAUGAUGAAACGAAUGAAACGGAAACCAGGCAGGAUGAGGACAAGAAGAAUGCGAUCCCCAACCCCAACAAUGACGAUGAUGAGGCGGAUGCUUUUAGCAGCAGUGGCAAGAGGCAACGACUUGGGAAUGGGGAUGGCCCACUCGGAAAACCCAACAGAACCAAUUUGGAGAGUGCUUUCGAUGAGGUAGCAAAUGCGUCCGUCAGCGACUUGUCCCCAGAAGACAGGGAAGUCAUGGAACGUUUCCAAGCGUCUUUGAGCGAGCUCAAGGAGCUCAUGCCAACGCCGAUGGACGAUGGAAAGUUCCUUGCUUGGGUAAAGGACCGAAGCAGUGCCUUCACUGAAUUGAAGAACAACAUCAGCACAAAGCAGAAGUCAUUGAAGAGAAGGCGUGGCCAAAGCUUGACGGCUCUGACAACAACAGCUUUGAAGGACGGGUUGAACAAACUGACAGAGGAAUGCACUGUCUUGAUCGAUCUGCUGAAGAAGUUGAGCAACGGGUCUGCAUCUGACGGAAAGGAGCUCUAUGAUUCCUUUGUGAAAAUGGCGGACUUGACAGUGGGUCAGGAGGUGUGGAAGCGCAUCCUGAAAACUUGGUCUCUGGAGGUGUUGAAACUGGCCCAGUGGGAGCACUUCUUCACCGAGUUCCACUCCCAUUGUCAGAAGCUCCUGCCGGAUUCGCCGGACUAUUUUGGCAGCAUCGCCAACCUACUGCUGCUGAAAUUGGUGAAGUCCGUGCCAACUUCCAAACCGAUCACUCAGGAGUCGAUUGGCUACCUUCGGGGAUUCGUGGACUUCAUGUCAACGAACGCUUCUUUGACAGGGUCAGGCAUGGAUCAUGAAGACAACCUUGCAUCCCUGGCAUCAAUGCUGAACUUUGGCUCGGCACUAGGGAAGAAAAUCGUGGACAUGAUGGUGGACAAUGCCAAGAAGCGGGAGUCCAAUGCAAAGCUCCUGGAGUCUAUCGAGGAGUCACUUCAGCUGCAACUUGGCAUUGCAAGGCUGGAAAAAACCGGCCUUUGCAGCCAUGCGAUUGACUUGGAUGCUCACAAGGAAAAGUUCACGGAACAACAUGGGCAGCUUGUGAAUGAUCAGUACGUCUUCUUGUCCACUGGCACUUUCAAGGCUCUCAAAGGCCCAGACCGUGAAAACCUCAACAAGCUUCAGGGAACAGUCAAAAACGCAGGGCAAGUGAUUGUCAGUGCGUUCAUCCACAUUGACCUCAUCCCAUAUUUGGGGCAACUCGCGGCAUCCUUCACUGAGAAGAAAGCCAUUGUGGAGCCGGUCCUGUGUGAGACCUCCUGUAUGUGCCAGCUGCAGGGAGGCGUGUUGGGCAGCGGCCGCACCAAUAUCAUGGAGAUCUUCAAGGAGUUCAGCACAUUCAUGAAGGAAUUGUCAAUCACCGCUGACGGGCUUUUUUCCUCUGAGUCUGGUGGCAUUGACGCGGCCAAGGCCCAAUUGUGGAUAAAAAAAUGGCAGGGCCAGUCGACAUCGCUUAUCAAGGCGAUCCAGGCCUUUGAGCAGACUCCUGAUGGGAGUGCUGAGCCAGACACCGUGCUUAGCGCCACAACGAAAGGCGCGGUGGACAAUGUGGACACUUGUGUGAUGGAGAUCUUUGGGAGCCAUUUGGUCACGAAAGCCAUUGAAAGUUCCAAGCCAUGCUUGCAGCUUCUCCUUGAAAUUCAUGCAAAGCCUGACGGCUUGACAAGGGAAGGUAUGAAGAGUUUCAAGAAGUCCAUGGAGGAGGGUCUUCUCAUUGCAACUGCAAUGCCGGAAGGCGACAAGUUCCGGGACUGCAUGGAGAUCGUCGCUGAGAUUGUCAGGAUGGCAUUUCAUCGAUCCGGACCGGAUCGGGAUAUGGUGGAGAGCAAGUAUGCCCUCAUCAAAGCGGCCAAUGGUUGCAAAGGACGAACGAAGGACGAGGUCACCGAAGCACUGCAGCAAUUGGUUCAGAUUGCCAAGUUGGAGAUCAGCAAUGAGCUGAUGGGUGAGAUUCCUCUUAUGCAUGGCGAGUUGGUUGAGCACAGCUUCGAGCUGUUUGCGCAAUUCCAAUCUACCUUCCGGGAGAAGCUUGAGGCAGCUAUGGUGGAAGGCGUCGCCCUCCCGUCUGAGGUGGAUUCAAUAUCCACGAUGGACGCAAUCAAUGCGGACCUGCUCCAGAACCGCUUCGGCAUUGAAAAGUCCACGGCUACCUCUGACAAGGUAAUUGCAAUGAGCACAUUGCUCCGGGAUCUGAAGCAGGCUUGCAGCUUUAUGGCCGUCAAGGUGAGCGACUUUCUUGACGUACACAAGUACGAGAUCAACAACCGAGAUGGACUCACUUUCUUGCGACUGGGCAAUGGAGUACUUUCACAUUGA